AUGGGUUUCCUGAGUCUCCCUCCGGAGAUCAUCGAUGUCAUCCUUGACCUCAGUCUUCCGUCUGGCAUACAAGGGCUCAGUUUGGUCUGUAAGGCAAUACACGGACGCGCACGGUCGCAGAUUGAGCGGCAUAACGCGCUCAAGCGGCAAUGGGGAAGCGCCAACAAUUAUCGAACCGGAAAGCUUGACGAUACGUUGGGUAUACUGAACGCGAUAGCGCUCAACCCGCUAGUGGCUGAGUAUAUUGAAUAUUUGGAUCUGUGGGAUGAGAGACCUCUGGACGAGGAAGAAACCGAAGUUCUGGAUUUUCGUGGUGACGUCGACGCAAUGGAAAGAGUCAAGGACUUCGUCGUUUCGCUGCCCUUUCUGACCGAGGCCGGCAUCGACACAGAAGCAUGGUGGAAUCGGAUGAUGCAAGAAGAAGGUACCCGUACGGAUGAGGACAACACCGAAGUGUCGUGCACGACGAUUACCCUCCUCGGCGUGUUGCCUAACCUAAAGAGUAUUCGUCUUGACCCCGGAUGGCAGAAUUUCAACCCUGGUGCGGAACUGUAUUCUUUGCCACUCGCCGGACUUACGUCCAUUAUUGAGAGGUCGUCCCACGUGGGAGCUAGCCGUCAACGACCUCUGAGCCAAGUCAAGACUAUCCUGCCCUUCAUGCACGGGGGCUACGAAGAAAAGGCAGCCCUGCAAAGCAUACAGCCAUUCCUCGAAUUGGGAGCCGUCUCCGAAGUAUACCUUGUCAGCGCAGUGGCAGUCGACGACGGGUAUACCGGUUACCCAUUCGAAUGGCGCACGCCAACACUUGCGCCCCAGUUGACUCGACUUGAGCUCGCGUCUUGCUGCAUGGACGCCGAGGGUAUUAGUGAGCUACUCCGCCACACACCAGCUCUCAAGACCUUCAAGUACUCCCACGAAACGAAAUGGCACGGCUGCGAACAUGACUGGAACGCGGGAACCUUCGUCGAAGCCGUGGCUCGCCACUGCGGUAACACUAUUACCAACCUGGCCAUAACAAUCGACGAGAUCUACGGCGAGAUCAUCAACGGCGUCUCGUCUCUCCACUCGUUCCCCAAUCUCGAGUUUCUAGAAGUGGAUGUAUACAUCUUCCGCGGACCGCCAGUCGAAUCCGGCCAAACGCAGGGAGGCGAUGCCAUGGUGCCUGAGGGUGAAACAGCCUGGUGCGAAGACGAUAUCCCUUGUAUCGGAAGUAUGAUGCCGAGCAAUAUUGUCGAGGUUCAUAUUAACACUGAUUUCCCCAUACCGGAUGAAAAUGCAUUGAACAGCUUGCUGAAAAACCUGAGAUCUCAGCGGCAGGAGAGGCUCUUCAAGUUGGAGAGAUGUAUCAUUCGGCAGUACACUGCGGAGAGCGCGAGGAUUUGUGCUGAGAGGGCGGGCGCUACGCUAGAGACGUUUGAUCUUGCAGUUGAGAAUCCACGAGCGCGGAAGAUGAUGCCUUCCUGGAAGAGAGAGUUUGACGAGCGGGUUAGCGGACUGCGGUCUCGCAUGUGA